AACCAGUUAGUAGGCUAUGUUCUUACUAAUUUGGAACACACUGGUUUUCCGAAGACGAAUCAAAACUUAAUAAAUUCAGUCUCUAAUAUUAAAAAUAUUAUAGAAAAUAGCGAUCUUGCAAAAAAUGCCUAUGUUUUUAUGGCUCAGCCUUUACAAGAUGGGGCUGCCGCAUUUUGCUUGACUUUGUUUGGGAGUAAUAACACAUUUACACAUGAAGAUGUAUUAUUAAGAUGGAAAUAUAUACAACAAGAAACCACAAAUUACAAUAUUGUAGUCGAUGGAAUUUCUUCUGAUGGGGAUUCUCGUUGCUUAAAAGCCAUGAAAAUAAUAGCCGGACUUCCUGCUUUCUCCAAACAAGAGACACCGUAUUCACCAUACUUUCAGGCAAAUUUUGACAUAAAUAAUCUAGUGCCAAUUCAAGACACAGUACAUAUUGCCACUAAAAUGAAGAACAGAUUAUUGAAUGAAAAAAUUGUGUUGGAAAUGGGAAAUUACGAAGUGUCGAAGGAUCAUCUAACCGAUUUGAUUAACACUGUUUCCAAAGACAAACAUUUAUUAUGCCUUAGUUAUCUGGAUAGUUCGGAUAAAAUGAAUUUUGAAGCCAUCGACAAAUUGUCGUCCACUCGUGUGAUCAGCUUACUAACCAGUGAUGAAGCCCUGCUGCAUCCUGUGAAAGUAGGCGUGCGGUUAGCGAUGUCGGGCCGAUAUUCUGUGACAAUACUGUUAAUCCCGAACGUUACCGGGCAAUGUUAUAAGGGUUUAUUGGUCAACUUCACGACGGCGAAUUGCAAGAAUUACGUGCAGCUAUGGAAGGUGGAAGCGACUGUUCAGAACAUAACACAACAGCAACUUCAUCCAUUUUUCAAAAACUAG